AUGGAAGAAGCUGAUUUCUGUAGCGUGUGGGAAGCGCAGAAUAAGGCUUUGCUCCUGGCGGAAGCCUUACGUUCCACUGCCUUUGAUGUUGAUUUUGACAAGCAAGCGAAGACUUGGGUGACGCAUGCAAUUGCUGAUGAUUUUGCAAUGACAUCUUCUUCAUCCUGGCCGCCUUGCAUUGUGUAUACAUCAGGCCAUCCAAUUGGUCAUGUUCCAGCUGGCACUCCUGAGACCUCUGGACAAGGCCAACAUGGAAUUCGGAGAGACCGACCCUUGAAUCGACCACCGCUUUCUGCGGAGUUCCCAGCCUGGAUCCACCAUGUCUGGCAGCGGCUUCUCGAAGAAGGAGUUCCUGAAACAGAUGAUGAAGGACCAGUCUGUUACAUCAAUUCAUACUACAUCAGUCAUUUGACAGCUCAGCGACAAGAACAUGGCCGUCCUGUCAGAUUCAAUGGAAAUUUCAGGAAUUGGCAACGAGAAGUUCCGCUUGUCGGGGCUGAUCAAUUUGAUCCCAACAGAGACUACGAAGUGAUCUUUGUGGUUCCUGAACCUCCUGUCACUGUUCAACGUGACACUGUAGGAACUAUCCUGGUCAUACAACAUCCGGAUGAGACCCGAGCUGCUUGUUUGACCACGGCAUGGAUUCCUGAUGUACCAACCUUCCAAACGAUACAGAUUGCCCAUUCAUUCAGGACGACAAUCGACCGAAAUCAACUCCUCCUACAUGGUGGUGUACUCGAGCUCUGCAAUGACAGAAGUGAUCGAGGUUUUGGAGUCUGCCGAGUUUGUGUGGGCCGCAUUGAAUAUCCACUCCAUCGCCCUGUCCGCAUUCAUGACGGAUUAGGACUCAUGCUGGACGUCCCACCACCUAUGCCACCGCAGGAAUGGGAAAACUAUCUGGUUGAGCGGAUUCGACUUCAGGCGACAGAGCCCCCGAGAUUCUUUGAGGAGGAUGAGGACGCACUGAACUUGAUGGCUCGGUCGCACACGGCAAGAUUCAACACCGGAGGCCGUGGCAGUGAAGUCUCAGGGGAUGACAUGCUCACCUCUGAUAGUGGAACUGGGACCUCCUCCUUGACCAGUGAUCCUUACUGGCAAGCAGUCAGAGUUUUCACACUUGACAGGCAGGAAGUUGAUCUUGAAGUCCCAUGGCAUGAUGGUCGUGAACUGUAUCAUCGAGUUGCCCGCCAUUUUCGCAUUGAUCCUUCUCAAGUUGAUUGGAUCUAUACGAUUGCGCAUGGGCCUGAUGAUCUUACCAGCAAUGACCAAGUUGGACUUCUACUACGUCAACGACAUGAUCUCCCUGCGGCUGCAAUUCUACGACUCACUCUGGUGGAUGUGGAGUAUAAGCAAGACCGCUUUGGACCAGCAACUCUCAUUGACCGACGUGCCCGAUGGAUUCCACGUCGAAUCACAAGGAGUUCACUUAUCAGAUUGCUUGGCUACGAUGGUCAUUGCAGUGCAGAUCCACCAAGGUGCUGGCUAUGGAUUGACAACACACGUGUGCCUUUUGAACUUCCUCCAGAAGAACAAUUGCGAAUCACGCAUGGUGACUAUAUUCGCCUGGCAGUACCUGCUUUCCCUGAUAGACCUCUUUGUGACACAGGUGAAAAUCCACUGCCUCCAGAUUUGAAUGCCACACAUGACCUCAUGCUUGCCCCUGUGGAUGAUACUCAGACUGAUGUCAAUGCAACAGAGAUCUUUGAUGGUGUUGUUGAAUUCGGCAUCGUCACUAUGAAUGUGGAACCAGAAGAUGGUGCUGGGCUUCUGCAAUUAGAUGUCAACACCCAUCACUUGGGUCCACAACACGAGCAGAACCCACCUAGCUUCCACAGUUGCUCUCGAUCCAAUCUUGGACCUGUCACUGGAGGGCCAGAAUUACAACGUCCUGAUAGACAUCUUCAUGACCGCUGGGCGCCCCUACGUGAAGUCUGGAACCAACCGACGCUACAGGUGCGAGGCCUACAGAAUGAGCCAGUGAUGCACUUCGAGACUUGGUAUCUCAGUAGCCGGGGAUUUGCCCGUUGUUCCACAUCCAGACGUGUGGCUCUGGGAGAUGACUUUCAUCGCUGGAUAGCCCACUUGCGUAGCACAUGGAGAGACCGUGUCAAUCCGAGGCGGCCAGCUGAGCUGAUCAUUGCCCAGUCAUCUACUAUCGGAGAACCUGGUGGAGGACAUUUGAUUCUCACCCAGGAUGUUACCAAUGAAGAACGGGCCACAUUGAUCAGUGUUUACUGGACUUCUCACCAUCGACUUCAAGACCGCUCUGCCGAACUUGUUAGCAGACGGUUCUCGAGAGAUGAUGUCUUGCAACAAUCGGAGCUGCAUCUCUUGUGCCGCCUUGGCAGACUUCGGUGCCGUGUGGCUGUUGGAGUUCACACCAUGGAUGCAGACGAGGUAUGGCCUAUCCAACCUGGCACCCAUUUUGAUAUCUUCACAGACACCCCAUUUCAACAGGAGGUCUUUGACAUCAAUGAGGACCAGGUCAACUUCAUGCAGUAUACCAAUGGCGCAAGCACAACCACGACAACCUUGCCAAGACCAAAUGCAGAUCAGGGAUGUGCCCCCUUUCUUUUCAAUGCUGCCGCACCAGCAUGGUCCCCCACGGUUCCUGCAAUUACGACCAUGCAUGAGACCGUGCAGGAUCUCUACGCUCUCUGGAGAGAUCGAACGUUUUCGUGGGAAGGUGAAGAACGUACGGGGAUCGUCAUUACAUGGUAUGUGGACCAAGAGGACCCUGAACGUAGACUCUGCAAUCGCCCACGUUCAGUUCGUCUCACGGCAGCUUACUACACGUGGGAACACCAAAUUCAACAGGCUUGGCAAGAUACUCUCAUUGCUCAUGAACCAUGCCAUUUUGCCAUCGUUAGUCCUGCACCUCCGCACAUGGAACCUGAAGUGGUGGCCCACAUCAUCCUUGUGCAGCGACCUGCUGAUGCGCUUUGUACUAGUCUUCUGACGAUCUAUGACCAUACCAUCCCACAAGUUGGUACUACUCAACAGAUCGCGAUGACUACGCAUGAACACAUCUUCUUGGAGCAGCUGAUCCACAGCCUUGGACGUACCAACCAAUGCUUGAUGGCAGGUGCGACCCAACAGUGCCAGGCUUGGUACGGUUCCAUGCGAUUGACCCUUGGCACUCCCCUCCAGGGUAGAGAUGGAUAUGGGCUUGUCUUGCUAUUUAGCAUGAGACCCCCUGCUACGGCGGGCAUGACCAUGCUUCAGACCCGUGCAAGUCGCAAACGAGCAGUUGACGAGCGCCUAACACAUGGGCAGGUGGCUCACACCCAUGGGCCGCAACUGACUCAUACGCUCUGCCUCGAAGAGCUCAUAGAGGGGCCUGGAUCCACUCUGCAGCUCGUGCCAUAUCGGCUUAUAUGGGCCACUCUUUCUCCGGAGCGGCCCAACGGACUUUUUCUUGCGGAUGGGGCCAUGGAGCAUGAAGUGGAACAAGCCCUUGCGGACUUACAUUUCCCCACACAUGCCUAUCAAAUGGGCUGCACUGGAAAGUUCUUUUGUGUUCCCAUGACUUGGAACCCAUCAGAUGACGAAUUCCACUACAUUUAUGUGAAUCCGCAUGACACUGAAGCUGAGUCUGCUUUUCUUCACACUGAGAAGCGACCAUUACAAGAACUGGAUCACAUGCAGUUGCUUCAUCGUGCCGGUUAUACGAGAGCAGUCAUAUUGGACACCAAAAAUCUCAGAUCCCAUUUGACUCGCAUUCUCUACCACAACAACAGCCCGACCUUGGAGCACAUGACUCAUCAGCACAAGUCAAAGCGUGCUAAUGCCUGGCCUCUAGCACAGGUCACGACAACUGUGGGUCCCAUGAUUGAUCUACAACAACUCCCAAGCCGGACACCGUCUAUGGUCUUGGAGAUUGACGUUGAGUUGAUCCAAAGUUUCUUCCACUCGGCCACGGACAUACUAUGCCCAUGGUUCUCCCAUCUUGAUCUACCGGAAACUACGCGCAUAGCACUUGCCGGCAUGCCCACAGACCCGGACUGGGACAAGCUGGACAGGCUCAUCGUCUAUACAGAUGGCAGCUCUCAAGGGCAACUUCGCAGACGACCCCCCUUAUGGGCGGAAGAGCAUGCCAGCACUGAUGCGUGGGCCUUUCUUGUCCUCGGUGAACGAUAUGCACGCCCAGACGAGGAAGGGGUCUUGUACUUCAUCGGUUGGCAGGCCCACAAUGUUGUGUACCGUACGGACACGACACACCAUUUGGGUACAUCCCAUCUGGGAUCGGAGCAUGCGGAGCGUGAGGGCAUGUUCUGGGCAGGACUUUGGCGUUUAGCUUGCAAUAGCACUCUGCCAACCAUCUUCAGGCCGGACUCCCUUACAACGGCCCAGCAGGCAAUGGGAGAUUCUGGAACCAAUCAUGCCACAGCAGCCUACGUGGCAUUGAGAUCCACCUUCCAGGCGUUACAAUCUGGACUGGGAGAUGGCCUGCAAGUCGACCCGGUUCGCAGCCACAUGAAUGAACCAUGGAAUGACAUGGUGGACUUCCUUGCCAAGCAUCAGGCUCAACAUGAUCAGAAACUUACUCGGCAAGAUGUUGACCUGCGCAGGCUUCAACCAUUUCUUCCAUACUUUUGGAUGCUCCUUGACAAGAGGUCAGGAUUGCCUGAACUUGGUCUGGAGGGUUUUGAAGUUACACCGCCGGAUUUGCCUCCCCCAUGCAGACCUUCCACUGCACAACAACGUGAUCCAGUCACAGGCAUUGGAAGAUUCGACAUCAGCCUCCUGUCCGUGAAUGUGAUGUCGUUGUACAAGGGACCUGAUGGUGUGAGUGGCAAAUUGCAUUAUCUACGUCGACAAGUGAUGAACCUUAACUUCAACUUUGUGGGAAUUCAGGAGGCACGAAGCGAAGCUGGCAAAUCUUGUGUUGACAAUCUCAUCAGGUUUGCGAGUGGAGCGGAUAAUGGACAGUUGGGUGUGGAGCUUUGGAUCAACCUCAACCAGCCCUUCAUUCGCACCACUGCCACCUCUACUCAAGUGCUCCACUUUGACACAGACAACUUCCAGGUUGUGCACGCAGACCCAAGGAGACUUUUGGUCCGAGUCUCGCAUCCCAACUGGAAGUGCCUGCUAUUUGUUGGCCAUGGUCCACAUACUGGCAGACCUGAUGACGAAAGGUCUCAUUGGUGGACCGAAACCACUGCCUUAGUCCGAAGUUACAGGAGAGGCAUGCCAGUUUUUGCGUUUCUUGAUGCCAAUGCCCGUACAGGGCCAAGUGCGCCACCACACAUCCUGGAGAUUGAUGAUAUGGAAAAUGCCAACACAGCUCCCUUCCGUGAAUUCCUUUAUGCACAUGAUCUCACGUUGCCCUCCACGAGCAGUUGCCAUCAGGGAGACCAGGCCACGUGGUUUGCCCCCAACGGAGGACAAGGACAACGCAUUGAUUAUAUUGCAUUGCCAGUUCACUUUCACACAGCUUGCGCCUUCUCCUGUGUGGUAGAGACGCUGGAUCUGGGCAAUGCUCGUGAUGAUCAUUUUGGAGUUGGUGUACAGCUUUCCUGGGAUGAUGUUGUUCAUGAUGUCACAAAUCCCAAGGGUCGAUCGGCCCAGCCGCGCUUUGACCGAGCAAAGAUCGGCUUACCAACGACGAAGGGACUUCUGGACCAAGUGCAACCAUCACCAUGGUCAUGCGACAUCCAGACGCAUGUGAACAAUUUCAAUCAAGAGGUCCUUGGUCACCUUGGGAGAGCAUGUAAACCUGCCCAUAGCAAACCCAAAAAGCCUUACAUCUCUGAUGAGACAUGGGCCAUCAGAUCAGCCAAACUGGAGCUCCGCUCACGACUCAAGGACUCCAGCAAACUUCACAGGCUACACCUCCUGCGAAAGAUUUGGAAAGCAUGGACAAGUAAGGCGCCCAUUGGGGAGGAGGUCAUGCUCGCUGACUGGCAUUUCCAGACCACUUGGCUUUGCAGCUCUAUUCGACUAUAUGUUCGUUUCCAUCAGCUUGGGAAACGUCUUCGUCAAUGCUUGCGUUCUGAAAAACAGCGACAUCUGGACCAAGUUUUGGAUGCCCUUGAUGCCAAUGCUGCCACUGGCGAGAUCUUACAUCGCCUCAAGCCAUUCAUCGGGCCGACCAACCUCAAAAAUGCACGUCCUCGCACAUUGCCCAUGGUCCGCAAACCAGAUGGAGGCAUCUGCGAGACCAGAGAAGAAGCUCGAGAUCGCUGGAUAUCAUUUUUUGGUCAAAUGGAAGGAGGCCAGCAGAUCAGCCUGGAUGAUCAAUGGACAAAAUGGCGAGAGGGCCUUCGACAAUUCCAGCAGCAACCAGAUUUAGCGAUGACUCUGCAGGACAUUCCUUCUCUGGUUGAGCUUGAGCAAGCAUAUAGGAGAGUCUCCUUGGGCAAGGCGACGGGCCUUGAUGGUGUCCCUUCGGAACUAUGCCAUUAUUUUCCUCGGGACAUGGCCAGGCUCACCUAUGCCAUGAUGAUGAAGGCCUGUGUCCACGGGCAAGAAGCUGUGACUCAUAAAGGUGGGCGAUUGGUGCAUGUUUACAAAAACAAAGGAGACCCUCGUGAAUGCUCAUCCCACCGAUCAUUAUUGAUCUCCAGUCAUGUGGGGAAGACGCUGCACCGGGCCUUACGCCAGCACCAUUACCAACUGUAUGCCAGUUACCAACAAGGGCAACAGGUUGGUGGCAGACAAAAGAUGCCGGUUGGGGGAGCCCUGCAUAUGUCAAGGGCAUAUCUGCGCCUGCAUCGCGCGGCGAAAAGACCUUCAGCUAUGAUCUUUCUUGAUCUCACGGAAGCUUUCUAUCGCGUCAUCAGACCCCUGGCAGUUGGCGGAUGUCUCAGCGAUCAAUGUAUUGAGCACAUGAUUGCAAGACUGGGCCUACAGCCUUCCGACUUGGAGGAGCUCUACGCGCAUUUGAGCAGACCAUCUGCGCUGGAACUUGCGGGUGCUCCUGCACAUGUGCAGAACCUCUUGAAGGCCAUUCACCAUGACACGUGGUUUGUCGUUGACGACCAAGAAGACGUUGUGCGCACGGAGCUUGGAUCCAGGCCCGGUGAUGGUUUCGCCGACGUCAUUUUUGGCUUUCUAUGGGGUAAGCUCCUCCGCCAACUGGAGAAGGAACUUGUGGCUCUGAACAUCUUAGAUCACUUUCCUCAAGAACAUGGCCUGCUAUGGCAUGAUGGAAAUUCGGAUUCGCGUUUGAGUAUCGCCCACGGUGCCAUCACACAGCACAAGAAACUGCUCUACAAAAAUCCCCACCUGACUUGGUGGAAACGCAUCGAGCUGUUCCAGACCCUCGUAUCGAGCAAACUUGCGUAUGGGUUGGAGUCAUGGACGUUCUCUUGUCAUCGCAGUCGGAGACAGUUUCACGCUGGUGUCAUGCGGCUUUAUCGUCGACUAUUUGAUGGAGCGCAUGAUGCCCACCGCAGUGAUGAGGAGGUUUUACAAGCCACAGGACUGCCACAACCUGCAGAACUUCUUCGACGAGCCCGGCUACGAUAUUUGGGCACUUUGUAUCAAGCCGGUUCCAGUAUCUGCUGGGGCCUUAUCAAUCAGGACUCCAGCUGGCUAGCAUUGUUGCGCACCGACCUGGAAUGGCUUUGGGCCCAACUUGAAAACAGUACCUCCCUGGGACAUCCUGGAGACCGUUUUGCUGCAUGGGAGGAGGUUAUCCUGCACUAUCCAGGAUAUUGGAAGAAACUCAUCAACAGAGGAGUCCGCCAUGCUUCCCAACAGAGAAAGAAGGAGCACAUCGUGGCGAAUUUUCAUCGACGGAUUUUCCUUUACCUUGAGAAUGUUGGUGCAGUGGAUCCUGCCCUCCUGAGACAGGCCCCUUCUGAGGCCAUGGGGCAUUUUGGCUGUAUGCAGUGCAAACAAAAAUUUUUGAGCCGAGCUGGUGAGGGUGUGCAUCUUUUCAAACGACAUGGCAUUUGUGCAGCAGCGCGCAGUUUGUUCGAUGGUACGAGCUGUCCUUGCUGCCUGCGCAAUUACCAUUCACACUCACGUGUACUGGCACAUCUACGUCAUGCACAUGCUUGUCGUCGUACGCUGGUUGCACGUGGCACUCGGUGCACACCGGCGGCGGGACAGGGCUCCAAGACCGAUGAUCAGCUCCUUGCUGCCAAUGAUGGGGCCUUGCCCUUUUUGCUAGCUCAGGGGCCGCACCAGCCCACCGGCGCCUUGCAUGACUUCCUCGACUUUGACCUCGAGACCUAUGAAGCCUGCUAUGAAGCCAUCCUCAAUAGCGACACUGUAGCAACAGCUAAAGAGGCUAUUUGCGAGGUUGUCACCCUGCGACCAAUUUCAUGGACGAGAUGCAGACGCACCUUGGAGCAGCUCUGCGGAGAUCUUACGGAGGAGCACUUGGGUGAUGUGGCCAUCCCCCUCAAUGAUCUGAAGCAGCUGCUACAAGAGAUUGCGGAGCCCUGUGCAUGGACCUUCCUCACGGAUGAUAAAGAGCAGCCCACUGGCAAGCUUGGAGAUCAUGCACCAACCACGGCGCCAACGGAGUUCUUGCAGCUGGUGAGACGCAUGCAGGACUCUGAAUUCGGCCUUUUUAUUGGCCAUGAUGGCUAG